UUUAAUUCAUUUCUGUUUCGCGCACUCUCUUCUCCUCUCUCUCUCUCUCUCUCUCCCCGUCUGCUAAUCUGCUCAUGCAAUGGAAGACCAUUCCCUAGACAAGGUGGCGAUGUCAGGCCCAGCCCUGGCCUCCAUGAUCCAACGCUUCUCCACCUCCCCAGGCUCCGUCGACGGCCUGAUCUUCGGCCAUGUCAGCCACAUCCCCCCUACCCUCACCGACGACUCUCCCAAUUCCACCUCCUCCGCCACUCUCAUCGCCACCGUCACCGCCUUCUUCUGCUCCGGCUCCACCCUCUCCUUCUACAACUCCUCCGGCCGGGUCGACCCCCUCUCCCUCCGCCGCUUCGUCCAAGCCCAGCAGGCCCAAUCCCCCUCCUCCCACCUACUCGGCUGGUUCUCCGGCCGCCGCAGAACCCACCUCCGCCCCUCCCUCCGAGAAUUCUCAGUCUCCAACUCUCUCUCCUCCAACCCCACUCUCAACUUCCCAAUCCAAAACCCUCCCGAGGGCUCCCCCGCCACCCCAACUCUCACCCCCUCCCUCUUUCUCCUCUUCGCUUCUCCGGUCACCGAUCAGACCAUCCACACUCACGAGUACCGUGCCUAUCAGUUCCGGCCAUCCAAGCACUCCUUCGAGCCGAAAUCGAUCCAGAUCGUCAACAUUGGGCCCGCGUUCCGAGCCCAUUACGGGAAUUUCAACCCUAGCUCGCCGUUCCCAAUUUUGCCCUGCGAGCUUAGGGUUUCGCCGAUGAAUGUCGACAGGGGAGAGGAGAGCUUAGAUCAACUGAAGCAGCACAACAAGGAUCAGAGCGAACUGGAUAUGUGCAGUGAGGACUUGGAUGUUGGAAGCCUCAGUAGGCUGAUGGGUUCGGAGGCUGCGAAUUACACCGCCGGCGUCGAGGACUUGUAUGAGAAAAUGCUUGUCAAGAUUGAAACUUUGACCAGGCUCGUUGAGCAGAGCUCCGCCAAGGUUCUUGAGCAGGAAAAUCACAAUAGGAAGCUAAGGUACAAAGCUGCUAGGUCUGCUGGGUUGGAGUAAUUGCGCAAUUGUAGCUGGUGGCGUUUUCUGGGUGGAUAAUGCCCAACUCGGUGGGUGUGCUAGCUGAUGUAUGUAAGAUUUAGCAGCCAUGGCAUUGAUUUUUGAUGAAUCAUAAGGUCAAUGACUUUCUGAGAUGAAAAUCUGUAGGAACCAUGGAAGUGUUUAUGUAGUCAUAUGGUUGGCAUGUUUUGGUGGUAGUUGAAGAUGUCCUUUUGUACUCUGCUUUUGCUGUAUCAUGUCCCGUGUAUUAUCCAUGUGUUUGUUCCAAUCACUCCAAUUUAUAAAAGGAAGAUGAAAGCAAAUGGAUUGUGCAGUGUUUUUAUCUUUUCUUCUUCAACCAUGGACCAGGGAAAGACACAAGAAGAUAUACCUUCGGUUGUAGGGCAGAAUUUAUCCUUUAAUGAGGCGAUCUUGGAUUUGUAGGCACUCUUUUGUCCAAUUAAUUUUCUUCUGUUU